GGAGGGGGAGGGGGAGGGGGCCGAGACAAAGCGGCCGCUAAUGAAUGGGGACCGGGAUCCGGAUCCGGCUGCUCCUCCUCCGCCUCCGCCUCCUGCAGCCGGGCCGCCGGGCCGAGGCCGGGGCCGGGAGAGCCGAGGAGAUCCUGCUCUUACCUAUGGUCGGGAAGGUGAAGAAAAGUGUGGGAAAUGAAGUCCAGGACCAGGGAGAAGAGGAUGAGUGAUACAAAAGGAUCGUGUUUACAUUUUCAAGAUGAAUGGGAUUAUGACUUUGAGAAAAGAAGCUAAGCCAUCACUGCCCACAUUUAUGUUGACAGCAUGGAGCACCUAGCACUCCAGAGGUUCGAGAAGGGUGACUUCAGUCCUGGGAUGAUCGGCUCCUGAUGCAAAGUAGAGGGUUUUGUGAGUUACGUCUGCAAGCUUUCAGUAAGAGUUGACAAUGAAUCCCAUUUGCACAAACGGCCACGUUACAAAAGACUGAAGAUUGGAUGCUUGUGCUUUUGCACAGACUCGGUUAUUUGGAUCAAAUCGUACGCCUAAGUUAUUAACGUACAAUGACACAGCCAGAAUAAUCACUCUCACUUAGCUCAUGGAUAAGAAUCAGGAAGCGUGUCCAAAAAUGGAUAAUAGUUUUGUGUUAGAUAAAAUAAAUUUUAAAGUAGAACCAGAUAAUAUAACUAACCAUAGUUUGGAAAGAAUGGAUUUUAAAAGUGAGCAAGAGGACGUGCGACAAGCAGACAGCAGUGAUGAACAAGCAGAAUUCAAAGGCAAGAGUUGUAGCAGUCGUCACCCUGGGAAACACUCUUCUCCUGACAAUGAGGAGGAUUACGGCUCUUUAUUUUCACAGUAUAGUAGCACACUGUACGAUGUGGCGAUGGAAGCCGUGGCCCAGAGCCUCCUUUCCGGCAGGAACAUCAGCUCCCGGAAGAAGUCCCCAGCCUGGAAUCACUUCUUCAUCUCUCCUCGGGACAGCACCAAAGCGAUCUGCAUGUACUGUAUGAAGGAGUUCAGCCGGGGCAAGAACGAGAAGGACUUGAGUACCAGCUGCCUGAUGAGGCACGUGCGCAGGGCCCACCCCACCGUGCUCAUUCAGGAGAAUGGGAGCAUGCCCAGCAUCGCCUCCUUCCCAUCCCCAUCCUUGCUACUCCCUCCACAGCCUGCAGACGUCGGCGACCUGAGCACCGUGUUGUCCCCUAUCAAGCUGGUCAAGAAGAUGGCUUCCAAGAUACCCUCCCCAGACCGUGUGAUGGAGGAGUCCGGCUCUGCCGUUUCUUCUGAAGAAAUGUCAUCCGACUUGUCCAUCUCAGAGAAGUACAGCAAAGAAGAAGCACUGGUGGGCUCGUCUCCACACCUGCCUGGUGCCCAGUAUGACGACACUGUGGAGAAUGCAGCCGAAAAGACUGUUCCAGUCCCAAAGAGCACUUCAGGUUCCAGAAGGAGGUCUGCUGUUUGGAAGCAUUUUUAUCUGUCUCCUUUAGAUAAUUCUAAAGCUGUCUGCAUACACUGCAUGAACGAGUUCAGUAGAGGAAAGAAUGGCAAAGAUCUGGGCACGAGCUGUUUAAUCAGGCACAUGUGGAGAGCCCAUCGUUCAAUUGUUUUGCAGGAGAAUGGAGGUGGCACAAGCAUCCCCCCUCUUUAUUCUGCUCCUCCCACUCUGUUGCCUUCUUUACUGCCCUCAGAAGGAGAUUUGAAUUCUGUGGCAUCUUCUCCAGGAAAGGUGGUGAAAGAGUCGCCUUCAGCCUCCUCUUCUCCUGAUAGGCUCACGGAAGACAUCCAUUCUCAUCUCAAUCCUGGAGACACUUUAAUGGAAGACAUGUCUGUUCUGUCGUCCUCAGAUGAUGUGGGUGAGGCUUCCUUGGUGUCUUCUCCCGAGAAACAGGGGGAUGGACUGAGUACCUUAAUAUUUGAGCCGGGCACUGUUUUUCAACAAAACAAAAAGAUAAUGAAAAGACUGAAGUCAGAAGUUUGGCAUCAUUUUUCGCUGUCUCCCACGGACAAUCUGAAAGCAGUUUGCAGAUAUUGUAGUUGUAUGAUUAGUCGUGGGAAAAAGGGGGAUGUCGGUACAAGUUGUUUAAUGAGACAUCUGUACAGGCGUCACCCAGAAGUGAUUGGGAACCAAAAGAGCUUUAUUGAUGCUAGUUUGGCAAAUUCUCCUUAUGCCACUUUGGCUUCUGCAGAAUGUUCCUCCUCUAAAUUGACUGACUUGCCAACAAUGGUUACGAAUGAUAAUCAAGUGAUCUUUCCUGUUAAUAGCAAAAAGACCUCAAAACUGUGGAAUCAUUUUUCAAUUUGUUCAGCAGACUCGACAAAAGUAGUGUGUUUGCACUGUGGGCGUACAAUAAGCAGGGGGAAGAAGCCAACCAACUUGGGUACCAGUUGCCUUCUAAGACAUUUACAACGGUUUCAUAGCAACGUGCUGAAAAAUGACGCCUCAGAGACAGUGUUGCCCUCUGCUGCGGAGAUACGCGUGCCCCUGAGCACGGAUUUAUUAGCAUCAUCGUCCUUGGAUGAAACCAAUGAAAAGUUUUCUGACUCUCACCCAGUUGCCAAAAAAAUCACGAGUCUUGUAGCAGAAAUGAUUGCACUUGACCUUCAGCCAUAUUCUUUUGUAGACAAUAUUGGCUUUAACAGGCUGCUCGAAUACUUGCAACCUCAAUACUCUUUACCGGCGCCGUCGUACUUUUCUAGGACUGCAAUCCCGGACAUGUAUGAUAAUGUGAAGCAGAUCAUCGUUUCCCAUCUUAAAGAAGCCGAAAGCGGCGUGAUCCAUUUCACCUCUGGGAUCUGGAUGAGUAGCCAGACUCGGGAGUAUCUCACUCUCACCGCACACUGGGUCACGUUUGAGUCCUCAGUCCGGCCCCAUUGUGAAGACUACCACUGCUCCGCACUUUUAAACGUGUCCCAAGUGGAUUGCGAUUACAGCGGGGUCAGUGUUCAGAAGCAGCUGGAAUACUGGUGGGAGGCCUGGGUCACUUCUGUCGGCCUUCAGAUUGGAAUGACCGUGACUGAUAAUCAGAGCAUUGGGAAGACAUUAAAUGAAGGGGAACACUCCAGCGUGCCGUGCUUCGGUCACACGAUUAAUCUGAUCGUCAGUGAGGCUAUUAAAAGCCAGAGAAUGGUCCAGAACUUGCUUAGCAUUGCUAGGAAAAUCUGUGAGAGGGUACAUCGGUCAGCAAAGGCAAAGGAGAAGCUCGCCGAAUUGCAGAGGGAAUACGAGCUGCCCCAGCACCAUCUCAUCCAAGACGUUCCGUCCAAAUGGAAUACGUCCUUUCACAUGCUUGAGCGCCUCAUCGAACAGAAGAGGGCGAUUGAUGAAAUGUCGAUCGAAUGUAGCUUCCGAGAACAGAUUAGCUGUGACCAGUGGGAGGUCAUGCAGUCUGUGUGCCAUGCGCUGAAACCGUUUGAGGCUGCGAGUCGGGAGAUGAGCACACACAUGUCCACACUGAGCCAGGUGAUCCCAAUGAUCCACAUUCUCAAUAGGAAAAUAGAAAUGUUAUUUGAGGAAACAAUGGGCAUUGACACCAUGCUGAAGUCUUUGAAAGAAGCAAUGGUAAGUAGAUUAUCCUCUACCCUUCAUGACCCAAGGUACAUUUUUGCUACUCUUUUGGACCCUCGUUAUAAAGCUUCCUUAUUUACAGAAGAGGAGGCUGAACAGUACAAGCAAGAUUUAAUCAGGGAACUAGAAAUUUUGAGUUCUACCUCAGAUGAUAAACCUGUUUCCAAUGGGUGUGAUACAGGUUCGCCAUCUACAAACUCUGCUGGAGAGGACAGCCUCUGGUCACUUAUGGCCAAGCUUAAAAAGAAAGAUCUAAGAGACAAGAAGAAGCUGCCAGAAGAAAUGGUGCUCGCCUACUUGGAGGAAGAGAUGCUUGAACACAACUGUGACCCCCUAACUUACUGGAAUUUAAAGAAGUCAUCCUGGCCAGCCCUGGCCAAGCUGGCCGUCAGGUUCUUGGGCUGUCCCCCAAGCAUUGUUCCUUCCGAAAGACUGUUCAACAGCACAUCCAACGAAAGCGGCAGCUUCAGCCAGGCCAGGCUCAUGACGGAACACUUCGAGAAGCUGAUCUUUUUGAAAGUCAAUCUUCCCUUAAUAUACUUUCAGUAUUGAAUGAACGAAUGAACAAGCUGCCAGGUUCCAAGGAUCUGACGCCUCCUGGACAUUGCUCCACCUAGGGGCCAUGUAUGACAUCCAAUCAGGGACCCUGAUUCCAAGGUUAGCGCCACUCUCCAGCUUUCAAUCCAGUGUCUACAUGUGCCUUAUCCAUAGUUCUUCAGGCCAGAUGGUGUAUAUAUGUUUUUUUUAACAAGUCCACACUAGGUAGUCUGUCUUGUCAAAUUAUCAAAUACGAUGAUUAGGUUUUAAUCCAUAACUGUAAACUUUUAAAGGGGUGGGGGGUGUCAGUCAUUUGUUUUAAUGGAAUGGUAAAGAGAGAGAGAGAGAUGUACACAGUUUGACUCUGUAGUGUUUUUUUAAUUCAAUUAUGUAAAACCCAUGAACCAGGUACUGUAUUUUAGUUAAACUUUGCUCUUAGGGCAACCGAGCAGCUUUUGGAGCUGUCCAGUGAAUGCUGGGUUUCAGAGGGGGAGGUCAAAACUAUCCUUUCCUGAGCAGUCACUGACUGCCCGCUCUCAGAUACUUGGAGGGCGAAAACAGACGAGACGGGGAGAGCCGCUUUCUAGUACAGAAAAUUUGUAGUAUUUGAACACGCAACUAAAGUUAGAGGUAUUAUGGAAUAUCUGUUAUACAGGGAGCUCUAAAGAAACUUCCCAUUGGCUUUUUGUGUUUGUUUUUGUGUUUGCUUUUUAUUCAGGUUUUCCAUUGUCCUUGAACUUCAGAAAUAUUCUGAGUAUUUAUAUAAGCUGCUUGGUAUUUUCACCAAGGUUUGUGAAUUCAUGCUUAUGUUAUUUAACACAGUGCAGAAGAUGGAAAGGAAUCUACAGCAGAAAGGAGUUCAGUGCAUUGAUGGGGAAGCCUUGAAUAUCCACUUUGUGGAUCCAAGCUAGGAAGCUCCUGGUGUCAGAUCAAGCGGUGGUUCCUGAGUCGAUUGAACAUAUGCAUCAGAAUCUGUUGUAGAAAACUGAUUACUGUAUUCCCUUCACAAGAAUAGCCUUAUAGACGUGGGCACUGCUUAGUGGGACAAUUCAGCAGGCAGGCAGGAGGUUUAGAAUCCUAAGACAUCAGAAUAAAGUAAAAACAGUCAGGUUUUCCUUUGAACAGUAUGUUCUCAAUAUUAUUUUUGUUUUAACAUCUAGAAAAGGGGUCAAUUUCUCAUUUCAGUUUUUAGAUGAAAUAUUUGGGGGGUAAUAAAUCACUCAUUUGCCUAUGAACUUUUAGAAAAGUUGUAGUUUUGUUAAAAUACUGUACCUUUGCCUAAUCUAAUUUUUGCAUUUACUAUGUUUUAGUGUAUUUAUAAA